AUGUCACAGCUACCUAUAAGAUGGCAACAACACCAACUCUCUGACAAAGAGUUCAUAUAUGGUUUCCAUUCUGAUCCAGAAGACCUUCUGAUUGGUUUCUACGUGACUGACUUUGCUACAGUCUGGAUUCAACGACUAGAGGGUAGCCUGUUUUUGCAAGUAGCAUCACUGUAUGGUUUCGAAGACUUGAGUCCAUCGAGAAUACGAGUCUUAUUCGAAUUGAUGGAACAGUCAAUCUACGAUACUGAUACUGUAAAAUUUCGGUUCGAGCCAGGUGACUCGAUUUGCAGUGUCAGUAUAGGGUCCAAAGAUAUCAACUGGGACUUUUCUCUUGUUGCCCAAGACCAAAGAGACUCUGUUCGUUUCCUUUCCAGUUUGAACUACCAGCAGUUUGCUAAUCAUAAAUACUUGCUAUAUGCAAUUGAAGACUUGAAAAAGACAAUCGAGGUCAAAGACACGUAUAUUCGAUUUUUGACGGAAAACUUCAAACAGUCGCAUGGAACUGAACUUCUAUCCAAGUACAAGAAGAAUAACAGAAAUGAUACAAAGUAUAUUACAAAAUUCAACGAUGAAAAGUGGCAACAGUGCAUAGAUCUAGCAUAUAAGAAAAACCGAAAUAGUAGUCCACCGGAUCGGAGACUGAAACAAGACAUUGAAGCCAGUAUACGAGAUAUUCGUUCGUGG